AUGUUCUUCACCCCGACUUCUAUUCUCUUGGCCUUAUUGAUCCUCUACGUAUCCUCCUUCGUCUUGUUCGCGGUAAUCCGAAUCGCAACAGGAAUCUCCAUUCAACGGAUCGGUUACUUUUCGCUUCGCCGCAUCGCAUACACCCCGAGGGAAGGCCUACACAUUGAAAUCCGUGGACUCGGGUUUUCGCUACACCCCCCGUCCUUCGCGCAGCCAACAUGGAUCAGUAUUCGCUUGACGGACUUGAAGGUGACACUGGAUACGGCGAUAAUGGCCAAAGGAAAACCAGAGCCCCCUCGAGAUCUCCUGGGAUCCUCGAGUCCUGGAAGCCCCAUCCCUGAGAGCCCCAACCCCGACUCGACCACCCCGCGGAGUAAAACAUGGAGGACACUCACUCGGCUGAAGGAGCGCCUAAAGCGCCUGCAUCGACAAAUCAACUGGCUGGCUCUCGUUGAUAUCUCUGCAGUAAACACGACCGCUCAGUUUCUUGGCGCCGGUCAAAUACAAGUGGGGUCAUUGUCGCUGGCCGUGGACACCCGGAGUAAGAUGGUGGAACGGGGCAAGCUCUUCCGGCGCAAGAAAGAUAUGUCUCAGGAACAGCGCCCGGCCGAAUGGAUUAUGAAUGUUCAAAAUGUUCUCCUCGCAGUGGACGGUCGGGAGCCAACAGAGAUAUUGGACACUGUUGGUGUGAACCUGCAUGGUCUGCUCUAUAAAGAUCUCGAGGGACUUCGGGAUGCCUCGAUCGCGCUGAAGAUUGGCCGACUGCACAUCCCCUACGAUGAAAUCAGCUCGCUUCUCCAACGCAUCAAAUCCGCCCAGAAACCAUCACCCAAGGAGCCGCGCGGUGACACGGAUGACGAGAUUUCCUUUGCCGACUUCGUGGAGGAGCUCGAUAAGCCUGGCAGCCGAGAUGACUCCAUCGUGCAGACCGUGGCCGAUUCGAAGGAGUUUGCUAGUUCUCUGCUGCGUGGGAUCCAGGAGAUCCAGGUCGCUUUGAGCUUCUUCCGGUUCUCGCGCAGUCUUGGAUCUCUUUCUGCAGGCCAGAGCCCUGUGUUCCUGCAUGUGGUUUCCCACGAGCUGGGAGUCGAUCUUCACCGAAUGGACCAAAGAAGCCCCGAGCACCGUAUGUAUUUUCAGUCAACCGACGUCGCCCACCAAGCGUUACUGGCCGCCAUUUCUCUUUCCGUCAGCUUGGAUGACAACUCGGGUGAAAUUGAGAAUGUUCUCUAUAUUCCCAUGGCUACGACAACAAUCAAGACAACAUUGCCAUCGAAGACAGUGAGCGGCUUCGAUGAAGAGAAUCUCGAGGCGCGGAACUCCAAUAUUCUCUUCGCCAACCUUGUCAUCACGUCACCGUCACUCGAUAUGCGACCUCAGCAUGUGUCUCGCCUCUUGAAAUUGGCACAAGCGCGAGCUUCUUCUCCUCGAGUAAAGAAGCGGAGUAAUCACCAAUUAUUUACCCGCCUGCUUCCCAAGGCCACCAUCAAGUUGUCCGUUCAUGAACCUGUUAUCCGAUUUGUCCUCCCCAUACCAAAAGAGUCAGGCACUCCGGAUGACUACAAUCUCCUCAUUUCAUCCAUCUCGUCAAUAUCGCUGGACAUCGAAUCAUCUCAUUCAUCCGAGGGCGGCGCCCAUUAUUCUCUUUCAGCCAUCUACCGCGUUGCGUCUCACAAAUUUUACUACCAGACUCCUGCUGGUGAGAAGCAUAAUCUGCUGACGACAGAGAGCCUGGAGCUCAAGGCUCAUCUCGAUGCAAACCCAGAGGUAAAAGUCAUUGCCUCAGGUAGCGUGAAUGAUAGCUCUGUCCACAUGAUUAACGAGGAAGUCAACCGUGGAAUUCGAGAAGUUCUUGAACAAUUCCGGAUGCAUUUGCAGCCGCAAAAGAGAGUUUUAAUGCCGCCAAAUGAGCGCAAGACAAGCCCAUUGAGAAAAAUUCCGUCAUGGCUCCUUCAAUUUACAUUUGAGUCUACUGGGCUCAGCCUGGAAAUCGCUGGGGUGGACAAGCCGGUGUCUGAAAUCUCCCGCGGUGUCUCUUUCCAGCUACAGUCCUGGACAGCAGAAUACAAGGUGCAGGAAACUGAACACAAUGUUGGCAGCAUUGCUAGGAGGCGUACUUCCAGCCAAUCAAUUAGUGAUGAAUCGCCGUUCAGAUUUACGCCAACUUCACCUCCGAAGAGCGUCCCGAAGAAUGUUCAGCGUGGUGCCACAGAUGGCAGGCGACUCGCGCUUCAUGUGCGAGGCUUCGAUGGCUUCGUGAUCGAGUCAGAUGAUUAUCUCGAACCAGAGCCUUUCUUCUCGCUUCCUCGAUUCGAGAUUGCCUUAAGCACGCAUAGCGACCGGCUCGGACCUAUGCUGCACAUCAACUCCGUGUUCAAAGGAAUCUACCUGCAAUAUUCUCUCUAUCGGUUUUAUUGUGUGGGCGUUGCAGUGUCUGUGAUCAAAGACGUUCUGAGACCUCUACCACGAGACUCCAACUCCCCUCAGAAUAAACAUAAAGGAGCUCCAAGCGUAUCGAUGCCACCUCCUCCAAUGUCACCUUCAUCGUCAACAAAGCACGAGCUCAUCACCAUGGACGUGAAAGCGACUGUUGUCCAGCUUAAGACCAAUCUGCCACACGAUCCCCCGAUGAUGCUCCAGAUUUACGGACUGGCAGGUGGCUCACACAGACUUUCCACUCCUCACGUUAAGGCUAAUCUUGUCCGUCUCCACGCCGAAGCCCCCAAGCUCAAGGGUGUCUGGGCAAGAAUCGGCAGCAUGAACAAUGUCAGACUUGAUUUCCGAAAAAUGAAAUACAAACAGGGCUCAAGUUUGGUUGAGGAGAGGUCAAUUGAUUUGUGGGCAGACUUCAUUCGAAUUGGCGUCCCCCACCACAUGGUGAUGCAUCGCAUUUUCGACAAUAUUAUCAAUACCUCAAAGGCAUUUAAGCAAUUGCAUCAUCGCUUCAAGGCCCGAUGCAAAGAGUUUGUCUCUGUUCGAGAACCCGAAGGACCUAAAAAAGUGCCCCGAGUGUCUCUUCGCAGCAAAGCUCUCCUUUUCGAGCUUGAAGAUGACGCCUUUGAAUGGAAGCUGAGUUGUAUCUAUCGGACCGGUUUGAUCGAACAGACACAGCGCUUGGCUCGUGAGGACGCGUUCUUUUUGAAAGCGCAAAAGGUUAGAGAGUCUGACCAACGGCGCGCUUCCUCAAGAUUACGGGCCAAAUCCAGCCAUCGAACCCUGCGCAGCGAACGAACCAGCCAAGAAACCCGCAGAAGCAAGAGCGCAGAUACACGAUCCAAGCAGGACGAGCCAUCUCGUGGUCGAGCCCGGAAGUAUCGCUACGAUACCGUGGGUGAAACCUGUUUGACAGCGGAGCAAAAGAUAUCCGCAGAAGCUGCUUGGAACCGUCUUCAGCAACAUAAUGCCCAGGUGUGGAAAGAGAAGAUCGAUGCUUCCAUGAAAUUUCAGGGUACUUCUAUCAAAGAAGUCCGAAACCUGUUCUCUGGUGCAGAUGAACCACCUGACGACGCGAAGGAAACUGAGACCAUUCUGGCAAUCCCCAAUAGACCGGGCUUGUUGUCUGCUCUGAUCAGUGAUGUGAAUCUUGUGAUUGACAAACCAUCUUUCCCGAUCGAUGACUUCCCUAAAUUCCUUCACCGCGUUGGUAAGGGCAUGCCCAUGUCCAUGAAGUAUGGCUUACUUAUUCCAAUGAGCUUUAAUCUGGAGAUGGGUGAAGCGCGCGUCAACUUGCGAGACUAUCCUUUGGACCUACUGCAUGUCCCGGCCCUAAGGCCCGGACAGUCUCCAAGGCUUCCUAGUUGGUCAUUACGAACCAAUUUUGUCAUUGCCGAAGAGUAUCGUGACCACGAAUCUGCAAGACAAGUUGAAGUGGAGCUUAUUCCCUCUGCUUCGGCGGCGGAUGGCUCGCGCAUUGAUCCGUUCCACAUGAAGGUCUGGCGUUCAGUGUCUCCUGUCAAGACAUAUUCCGAUCCAGUCAUUGAGAUCAAUACGAGCUUGCCCACGAGCAUCUCCUGGGGAGUCUCCUAUCAGCCCGUGAUCCAAGAUAUGAUGAAGAUCAUCGAGGGUUUCACCAAACCUGAGAUUGAUCCUUCUGACCGGGUUGGCUUCUGGGACAAGAUUCGACUAAGCUUCCACUCUCGCAUCAAGGUGCUUUGGAAGGAAGACGGCGAUGUUCAUUUGCGCCUUAAGGGUUCUCGAGAUCCUUACGUUGUAACAGGGUUCGGAAGUGGAUUUGUUAUGUGCUGGCGAAGAGACGUCAAGUGGGAACUUCAUCCCAAUGAUGAUCCAAUGGAGUUCAUGAGCGUGACCAGUGGCGAAUAUGUGCUGGCAAUCCCAGACUACAGCGCAGAAGCUCGAUGGGCAAAUGAAUUAACUACAGAAGACGCGGAUGCCAGCUCUCAAUCAAGUGAGCAGAAGAAUGCCGCGUACUUUAAGAAGGUCAUCAUGAAGUUGUCCGGUGAUGUGAAAUGGGCUGCUGGGUUGGUGUUUGAACGUGAACUUGAUGGCGAAUCACGAUCAUUCGCAUUCAAGCCACAUUAUGAUGUUAUUCUCAAAAAUCCCAAAUUCGUCGAUGCUGCACAGCGCGCCAACUACGAUGCCUAUCGUGGCUUCCGGAGUGACCAUAUUCAUCUAUCGAUAUCAAUCAUUGCUCCUCAUGGACGCAACUGGACUGUGGAUGGUGUCCAGCCGUCUUCAAGUUACAACACCACUCAUUUGUCUCCCCGCUUCUUCACUCACUUUUUCAGCUGGUGGUCGCUCUUCUCCGGUGUCAUGUCUCUUCCAGUUCGCCAGGGCCCGCUCUUCCCGGGUAUCACGAAAACAAGCAAGAAGUUCAAUCGUCAUCUGGCGACUGUCAAAUACAAGGUUCUGCUUGCCCCAUUGUUUGUAGCACAUAUCUAUAAGCACAAGGACCGCGAAGAUUAUGGCGAAGAUGCUGUAACUGCCACCGGUCUCAAGGUGCGCCUCGAUAGCUUGAAGCUUGAUGUUCACCAACGGCGUGAACAGAUCAAGACUCAAGCCCGUGGCCGUUCUAAACAGACCAAGACAAGUGCAAUGCGCAUCAACCAGGCUCUGAUCGAUUUGCAAUCAGCCGACUUCCGUGCUGUUUCUGCUAGCAUCGAAGGCACGUCAGCAGAGGACAUUGAAAAGAAUAGAGAUGACAUUAUAUCUUCCUUCCAGCAACCUGUGGCCACGGUUGACCUUUCUCGGUUUACAAUCCCGGAUCAAAAUUUGGACUGGAUUGACAUGGACGAUUUUGUCGAGCCAGACUGGAUUCUACCCCAAGAGUCUAAUCCGAAGACACAGAUCCUUCCGCUUGCAUUUACUCCACGUUUCACCUACUUCCGGCAAACAGACCAUGGUGAUAUCGGAUCAGAAGAAACCGGUUACAGUACUUUUGGACAUGAGCCAACUCAUGAAUGCGUGAUGUCAGACACCAAUGAGCCUCGUCGUGUUCAGAUCGAGUUGAUCAAGGACCGCCUUGCAACAGUUGAAGCUCAGAUCCGCAACUUUGAUCGUACUAUCGGGGAGCUAGAGCUUAAGUUGAUGAAGGAUGUUGACCACAACCCUGAUUUGAAGAUUCAGCACGAGACUUUCGUUCGCCAGGCCGAAUCCCUUUCCAGGCGGCGCAAAUUCCUGACAUCGACUUUGAAUCGCCUCGAGAAACUCCUAGCACGCGAUGAACGAACGCCCAAUCGCAACAAUCUGGGAGUUAACGCUGCACCCAGUGAAGCUUCUUUCCGCACAGGAAAUGAUGCAGACUCUACCGCCGAUGGUCGUGCUUCUGGUAUUGAUGGCAUCUAUUCGUCUGCUAGUGAUGAAUACUCCAGCGACUUCAACAAUCGCUUCACGAUCCACAACAUGCAGCUGAAAUGGAACAACUCGCUUCGAAAUAUCAUCCUCCGAUACAGCCACCAAGUGAGCCAGCGCCGAGGAUUUGUUUACUACAUGUCUAGACGGGCCGUUAAGUUCAUUCUCGAUAUUGUGGACGAGCAAAACAAGUACAAAAAGAAGAACCCCAAGAUGUCCAAACAGCAGACUCGCAGCGACAACGAGGAUGAGAAUGUCGAGGAUCGAAUCGAACAGCUUCUGAGCGAUGCCAAGCGCUAUGUCAAUGCUGAGGAAAAUGAACCGACUGAUUCAAAUACCGACUUACCCAAUAGCGACUCACCCAAUAGCGACUCACCCCAAGAUUCAGACAGUUCCAGCGAAAACAUUGCGCCAGAGUUUACCCCGCAAAACAGUUAUUAUCUGCGGCUCAUUGCUCCUCAAAUUCAACUACUUAGCGAGAAGAAUCACAAGUCGGUGUUGUUGGUGGCUGCUAAAGGAAUGGAACUCAAGGUGGUGUCGAUCAUGGACAAAGAGCGUGUUUCAGACGAUGUCAGCGGCUUGGUCCAACGCCGGUUCUCUCUGGAGAUGGACGGUGCCCAAUUUUUCGUUGCGACUCAGAAGAAUCUAAUGGCGAACUUGCAAUUAUACGCGGGUAACAAAUAUGGCAACGCGCCAGGAUCUGCUUGGCCACCUUGGUUGACCCUUGAGGCAAUGUUUGAUUUCGAACUCAAUCCCUUCGGAUUCUCUCGAAUCGUGCAGAAGACCUCGGCCAGUCUUCGCUACGACAAGUACAAUAACCUUCGUUUGAAGUACAACGAGGAAGUAGGCAAGGGCCACCAUGGAUCUCACCCUUCUGAAGAGGCCCGUAUGGACCAAAUCAGUGUCGACUUCCCUCACUUCCGCGCUAUUUGCGACUCUGCCGAGUAUUACUCCAUGUACAUCAUUGUUUUGGAUCUUAUGCUCUACAGUGAACCACUCGAGAAGGUCCGGAACGAGCGCCUGGAAAAGAUCAUGCUUAUGUCUGAUUUCAGCGAUCUUCGCGGUGCCCCAGAGAUGGUCUUCAAGUUGCAGUCGCGUAUUCGCCAGCUGGAAGAGAUCAAGGAAUACUUCCAGAUUAAUGCCAAGUACCUCGACAAACAGGGCUGGGAAGACCGGCUGGCGCUGGAGCGCGAUUUAUCUCAAUGUGAGGAUGAGUUGUUCUUUAUGAUGAAAGCUAUCACGACAUCUCAAAGACGUGCCGAGCCUAGUUCGUCUGUUGCGAAUGGCGUGCUGCGUUGGAGCAUUUCCGCAAGCGAGGUGGUCUGGCAUUUGAUGAACGAGGCAUCUGCCCCAUUGGUGGAGUUUCAACUUCAAAACGCUGUUUAUGAGCGUACAGACAAUACCGAUGGAUCCAACCACAAUCUCGUGGCUAUUGAAAGGCUAAACGGUUUGAACCUCUUGCCAGAUGCGAUCUAUCCCCAGAUCAUCGCACCUUAUCUCGAUCAGCCACGAACGUUGGAUGAUGCCAUGCUUAGAGUCAAGUGGCGUAUGUUAGAAGCCGUUGCCGGAAUUCCCGUGGUUGAUGACUUUGAAGUUUCUCUAUUCCCGCUUAAGAUCCAGCUGGAGCGUGAGCUUGGUCACAAGCUUUUCGAAUAUGUCUUCCCUAAUAUGGGUUCCGGAGGAUUUGGAGAUGGCGGUUUUUCGCCUUUCAAGAACAUCAAAACAUUCGAUGAGUCAGAUGAUGAGGACAACGACUCCAAUGCUCCGUCGCUCUCUCAGUCAAUCAGCGUCGACGAUGACAAUGUAUCAAUGGACGAUCUAUCUUUAUCCAAGGGCCCUGGAUCUAUUGAGCUACGUCUGCAACCCACCCUCUCGCUUUCUGAAGAGGGAAAAUCCAGCCGACGAAGCCAUAUCAAGGGUCUUCAUAUGACUCCUAUCCAUCGGAGCAAUACUCAGUUGAACGUACCUGAUCCUUCCCGAGGGUUGCCUCGCCCUGCGACCACCGGUAGCUUGUCGAAGAAGAAGUCUACUGAAAGCAUCCGUAUGCUGGUUAAGCGGCCUACCGAUAGAUCAAUGUCUAGUCAAAGUGCGGGCGAAGAAAGGAAAAAGUUCGCCCUGCACAAGCCCAAGAGCGGCAAGUCCAAGGAACCCACUGAUGACUUGUCGCAAAUGAUCUCCAGAGCCUCCAACUACAUGACCAUUGCACGCGUGAAAGUACAUGACGUGGUUCUCAGCAUGAGCUACAAGGGCAAGGGUGAGCACAACAUUGAAGAUCUCCACGACUUCGUUUUCCGUCUCCCAGUUCUGGAGUACGGGAACAAGACAUGGUCGAAUUUGGAUCUUGCUCUGCGUCUCAAGAAGGAUGUCAUCAAAGCCCUCAUCUCGCACGCUCCUGCCAUCCUCGGAAACAAAUUUUCCCACCACCGCCCUUCCAAGCAACAGCAGAAGAAGCUCCGCGAGCUUGCAUCCUCGUCUCAACUUCUUCCUAACGCGGGAACUCUUAUUCACCCCCCUCGAAGCAAUCCUCCUAGUAUGAUCAGCUUUGACUCCAAUAGCGAGUACUCCGAGUCUCCUUCGCGCAAGUCCAUGCAGUCAAAUGCCUCACCCUUAGCGAGAUCGGUGUCUUUGAGCUCUGAUGCCCGCGAUAAUCAAGAUCCUCCAAUCUCCGACUCGCGGUCUGCCAGUGGAGUGGAUGUGGAUUCUCGUUGGGAGGAAUCCCGUCGUUUUGUCAACGCACCAAGACCCAUGACUGCUGGCAAUCUGACUUCCGGCCACACAGUGACCACAGUCGAAUCCUCUCGCUCCGAGCAGGAUGACAGCCACAAAAACAACACAAUCCGCAAUCUUAGUCGGAAAUUCACAUUUCGGAAGGGAUGA